UUCAUAUUUGUAUCUUCGUUUAAUGAAGAAAUUCUCAUAUGGCAUCAUUGUCGUAAGACAUGAGUAGUUCACAAUAAACCAUGUUUACUCGAUUGGAUGUCAAUCUCUAUGUAGAUAACGCGCGUAGUUUGAUUUGUUUGGGAAUUUAUAAAUUAAUCUCAUUUUGUACGAUAACUUUCGGCUAUAGUCCUUGAAAUCACAUAUUGAGUCAACAUGUCAACCCAACUAUCUACGAAUGUAGAAAAGAUGCUAAAUAGUUUAGAGAAAACCGUUCAAUUGGCUUCCCAGUAUGGAAGUGAAGAUCUACAUAAUGUUAACGUCUUCACAUCUAUGGCCAAAACCAUUUGCGAGUUGGAGCUGCGAAAUCAGAAAGUUAUGAAAGCGUUAGAUGCGUGCAAGGAUCAGAACACGGUUGCUGAUUUUGAAAGGGUAUAUGAAACUACGCUGAAUAGUGGCUCAGGACGCGAAAAAAAAUCAAGUAAAUACUCUGAAUUCGAAAACACUGCCAAGCAGCUCUUGGCCAGUACUUCAGCUAGGAGAAGUCAACCGGGAACUAUUCAAGACGGGGAUGUGAUAUUCGAAAAUUUCGUGUCGGAUGUUGACCCUAUAACUAAGAAGGUUAUGGUGCAUCCAGUAAAGAAUAAGAAAUGUGGUCACUAUUACGAGAAAAGCAGCAUCUUGGAAGUGAUUUCAAUUAAUCGGCAAUUGAGGUGUCCUGUUGCUGGUUGUGCAAAUAAAAAUCCUAUAAUCCCAGCCAAUUUAGUAGAAGACCCUGCCUUUGCGAAACUGCUCAAAGAACGGCAAAGCACUCAGGAAGAUAGCGAUUAACCCUAGGUUUCAAGUUAGGUUCUUUUGUAUCUUAAUUCUUAGUUUGAUCAAUUGUUAAAGUUUUGUCCGCUUAUUUAAUAAUAACAUAUUAUAACCCAA